CUUUUUCUUCUUGUUAGCUGCCAAGUUAAUGUUCUAUGAAUUGUUUCAUAGAGUUACUUAGUGGAUAUCAUUUUUUACCUUAUAUUUUUAGACCGAAAAUAUAAAAUCCCUUACUUGAUUCCACAAUUGUUGGUUUCAACAAGUUCACUAGCAGUUCAAGAGCAAGUGAUGGCAGAAACUGGAGUUGAAUUACUCAGUUCAAUUGAUGAUCUACGUGGAGGAGUUCGAGUAGAUAUGAAAGAAGCUGUGGAUCCUAAUAUUUUUUCUACAUCGCUAAAGGCUUCAAUAUCACAUUGGAGGCAGCAGGGGAAGCAGGGUGUUUGGAUCAAAUUGCCUAUUGAGCUUUCUAGUCUAGUUGAUGCUGCAGUGAAGGAAGGAUUUAGGUACCACCAUGCGGAAUCUGAUUACUUAAUGCUAGUAUAUUGGAUUCCUGAUACUGUUGAAACUCUUCCUGUAAAUGCUUCACAUCGAGUGGGAAUUGGUGCUUUUGUCACAAACCAUAAGAGAGAGGUGCUUGUUGUUCAGGAAAGCAGGGGCAUGUUUAGAGGUUCAGGUGUGUGGAAGUUGCCUACAGGGGUUACUAAUGAAGGAGAGGAUAUAUGUGAUGCAGCAAUUAGAGAAGUGAAGGAAGAGACAGGGAUUCAGACAGAAUUCGUGGAAGUUUUAGCAUUUAGGCAAAGUCACCAGGCAUUCUUUAGCAAAUCAGAUUUGUUCUUUGUUUGCUUGUUAAAACCUCAUUCCUUUGACAUCCAGAAGCGGGAUUCAGAGGUUGCGGAAGCCCAGUGGAUGCCAGUUGAAGAAUAUGCAGCUCAACCCUUUAACCAAAAAAAUGAAAUGUUCAAUCUCAUUGCCAAAGUCUGCUUGGCAAAGUUGGACACAGGCUAUGUCGGUUUUUCUGCAGUGCCUGCAACCUCAACUUCUGGCAAAAGAAAUUAUAUGUACUGCAACAACCUCUAUAUGGGCUUCAAAACUUCUUCUACUAACAAUCAGCCAUGAAACGUUGAUUCUCUACAAAUAACUCCAUAGCAUAGUAGCAAAAGCUGCAAAGUUUUAGGACCUUUAUAGCAGAACCCCAUUAAGGGCUGAUCCAUGGCCAUAGUGGGAAAAAGGCUUAAUGCUUUUCUUUCCGUUUUCCAUUUUCAUUCUAUUUGUCUUUUCGAAAAAAUAACAUGCCAAUAUAGGUUCCUGUUUAUUCAUACAAUGUAUUGCUGUGUGGAAAACGUUAUCAAAUAUCCUCUCCUUGUAUACUGGAGCCUCUAUAAAGAUUGUCAUUGAAGGUUUCUGUUUGUC